UGUGAAGUCCUGUUCACUCUUUCUGUGUCUUUCGUUAACAUCCGUCUCCCCCGCCAUGAAGGGUUUCCAGCGCGCUUUGACAGCCGUUGCUGCUGUAUUACUAGUCCCGUCUCUCACUUCCGCGCUAACUUUCUCCAUCGAUGAUCCCGCCUCCAUUCGAUCUGCAGCAGCCUCAGUGGCGCAGGGUUUACUUAAGCUGUACAUACAUAAUACCACCGACACGCCCGCUUACCUGAUCGGUACUUUCGACAAACCAAUCUACUGGUGGGAAGCUGGUGCGGUCUGGGGCGGACUGGUCGACUACUGGACAUAUACUGGCGAUGCUAGUCAUGUCGAUACCACGAAGAAAGCUCUUCUGGCGCAGGCGGGACCUCAACAUGACUACAUGAAUGCAGAAUGGAAGAAGGAGCUUGGCAAUGACGAUCAAGCUUUCUGGGCUCUCGGCGCCAUGUCUGCCCUGGAAGGCGGAUUCUCUCCCCCGGCCGCCUCUGAACCAUCCUGGCUUGAUCUGGCAGUGAACACUUUUAACUCUCAGAUAGUACGCUGGGACACCAGCACAUGCGACGGCGGGCUGAGAUGGCAAAUAUUCACCUUCAACAACGGCUACGACUACAAGAACAGCAUAUCCAACGGUGAGCUUUUCCAGCUCGCAGCCCGUCUCGCCCGGUACACAGGCAACCAAACCUACGCCGACUGGGCACUCAAAGUCUGGAAUUGGUCCACGAAAGUCGGCUUCAUCGAUGCCGCUUACAACGUCUUCGACGGUGCGCAGGCCACGGAAGAAUGCGGAAACCCCACCAAAUACCAGUGGUCCUACAACGUCGGCGUGUAUCUCUACGGCGCCGCAGUGAUGUACAAUCAUACCGACGGCGACGCGGGGCAGGGCUGGAAACAAACAACAGAAGGGCUGCUGCAAGCCGCCAAGAUCUUCUUUGGCCCAAGCGACAAUGCCACAAACAUCAUGUACGAGGCAACUUGCGAGCCGUAUGGUACCUGUAACACGGACCAGCUGAGCUUCAAAGCGUAUCUGGCUCAGUGGAUGGCGAAGACCAGUGUGCUCGCGCCAUUUACCAAGGACACCAUCCAGCCUUUGUUGCAGGCAUCGGCGCAAGGCGCAGCGGCAGCUUGUUCUGGAGGUGAGGAUGGAGAGACUUGUGGGUACCGGUGGGAUGUUGGUUUUGACGGAAAUUCCGGGCUGGGACAGCAGCUGGCUGCGUUGGAGGUGAUUCAGUCACUGCUUGUUUCCGAGGCGCCUGCGCCAGCUGUGCAGGGAAGUCCAGCAUCGACUUGAGUGCCUUGAGCUCAGUGUCAGUAAUGUAAAAAUGCUAGCAAUGGCGGUAUCGACAAACGGCGA